UACACGCAGUUCAUUAAUACACGACUCUCCCCUAAUCCAUUUUCACUUUCUUCUCCUUCCAUUUUCCUUCACUUUCUCGCCAACCAAUCACACCACCACCUCCCGUAAACAAACAAUGGCCUUCGAAAAUGAUUGCUGCACGACCCUUAUUUUCACGUACGGCACCUUGAAACAGGGUUUCUCCAAUCACGUGCUGCUCCAGGAUCUGAUGCGAUCUGGAGAUGCCGUUUUCAAAGGCACUUACCAAACGGUAGAGAACUACCCUCUUGUUUGCGGGCCUUACCGCGUCCCUUUCCUCCUCAAUAUGCCCGGUUCCGGGCACCGGGUCACCGGCGAGUUGUACUCCGUAUCGACUCGGGGACUUUCCCGUGUCGACGAGUUGGAAGGCACGAGCAAGGGACAUUACGAGCGACGGCCGAUCCUGCUGAUUCCCUCCGGCGACGGGAACAAAGAGGAGGAGGAAGAUCAGGUGGUGCUAACGUGCGCGGCGGAGGCGUAUUACGCGCACAAGAGCUUCGAGAAGGAGAUGUGGAUGAAGAAUGGGAGGAAAGGGUUUAGGAUAUAUUCGGAGAAAGAAGCUAAAGGGUAUGUGAAAAGGAAAGAUAGGCCUCAAAAUCUCAGUUUUUUGGAACAUAUUAGUAUUUUCAUUUCAUCCCCUUCUGCUUAAUUCUGG